AUGCUAAGAUUCUUUACACGGCCUUUCUCGAUAGGGCGACCUUUUUUACUCAAGGAUGUUCAAAUUCCCGAGGUUAAACUAUCACCGAAACUUGCAGCUAAGCAGUUUAUAGGAUCCGAUGUGUCUUUCAAUAGGGAAAGAAGACUAAGAAGAAAAGAGAGAAGAAUGAAGAAACAGAUUAUUCGCGAUGUUAAUACGUUGAAACAGUAUGAUAUCAAAAACGUGCCAUUCCAAGUUGACCCGGUUUUGGGUGACCCUCGUAGCACUUUUAUGCCUAGAGUAUUGCAGAAAGUUGAAAAUCUGGAGUAUAAGUUGGCAUAUGGAAUCGACCGUGUUGAAUUAGAAAAGGUUUUAUACGCACAAGAGAAGUUACUACUCGAAAAAGCAGCAGACAACGAGGAGCUCCGUCAAGAUGUAGAGAAAAGUGGCAAAGAGAAAAAGAAUGCUGUUUUAACUAUUUUGAACUUGAGAAACACAAAUUCCCAAGAUAAAAAAAAAAUGGCAAUUCAAUAUGCUCGAGAAGAGGUGCAAAGAUAUGAUGGCGAUACUGCAUCUCCUGAAGUUCAAGCAGCUAUAUUGACAGUAAAAAUUCAUUUCGGAAUGGAUCAUGUCAAGGCCAACAAAAACGAUCAUGCUUCAAGGCAAUUGGUUAGAGAGUUGGUGCAAUAUAGGCAAAAGCUUUUGAGAUAUUUGAAAGAAAAGAAUCCAGAGAGAUAUUAUUAUGCCUUGGCCAAAUUAGGAUUAACAGAUGAUGUGGUUGUGAGAGAGUUUUCAAUGGGAAAGCAAUAUUUGCAAGAUUACAAAAUUUGGGGUGACAAAGUCUUGGUGAAGGAAACCGCUAGUAUGAAGAGGAAAAACAUGAGACUCAAGAACCUCAAAGACAAGGUUAACGAAUAUCACCAAUUGGCAAAGAAAAACUUUGAAAUCUUGAACCGAGAGAAGCAAAAAACAACCACUAGAUCAUCAAAGUGA